UCUGAAUUUGGCCAAGGCGGCUUUCCAAACCCUUGCAUUUCUGCCAUGGGCGAUUCUCUCUUUCACAACUCCUCUGCUGCCCCAGAUGACGAAUAUGAUUACUUAAUAAAGCUUCUGGCACUAGGCGAUAGUAAUGUGGGAAAAACAAGUCUGUUGUAUCAGUAUACGGAUAAUAUUUUCAACCCACGAUUUACAACGACAGUCGGUGUCGAUUUUCGUCAGAAAAGAUUAGUCCGUGAAAGUCGUGAUUCUGAAGGCCUUCUUGGACCGAAACAACGUUUGCAUUUACAACUAUGGGAUACAGCUGGACAAGAACGAUAUCGAAGUUUAUGCACAGUGUUUCUACGUGAUGCAAUGGGUUUUCUGCUUGUAUUCGAUUUGACGAAUGAAAAUAGUCUACAGAAUUGUCGUGAAUGGAUGAAUCUGCUGUGUCAACAUGCAUAUUGUGAUCGUCCUGAUGUUGUGUUAGUUGGAAAUAAAUUUGACCUGACAUCGGAACGUCAAGUGUCUAUGUCUGCAGCGAAUGCAAUGGCUCGUGAACUUGAUGUACCUUACAUUGAGACAAGUGCAGCUACUGGCUAUCAAGUGACAGCUGCUGUUGAUCGCCUACUGGAUUUAGUCAUGACUAGAAUUGAAGCCUCAGUAACCAAAGCACGUAUCCAUGGGAAUACAGAAGGUACAGCCAAUUUAAAAAAGUCUUCAUCGUCCAAAUCGAAUUGCGCUUGUUAGUUUAUCUUGUCUUCUUUGUGUAUGUUUCUGUGUAUGUGAUUAGGUAAGUAAAAGUAGUUGGAUAUUUUAUUAUUUUAAUAUCGUUAUAUGAUUAUGCGUAUAACUAUAAUAGUAAUUUUAUCCUCUAUUUCUUUUGUGUGUGUGUACACUUCGCGUAAAACAAAAUACGGGAGGAAGGGGGUGUGGGAUCUGUCGAAACACCACUUCAGAGGGACAUAGUAGCAGGAGAAUUCAAAAGCCAAAGAGAAACUAUGUCGCUCGCUGUGUUGAAGUACUAGUUCUCGCACUGAGUAGUGAGUGAUCAACUCCUGAAACCGACUCCCAGAUUAAGUGGUAUAUUAUUAUUAUUGUUCCCUUGG